AUGCGCGCGUUCGAGCCAUCGUGUUCAGCGGAGGAUGAGGAGGCCGAGGCGGAGGGACGGUGCGCGGCGCCUGAUCCCCUUCCUCCCGCGCCCGCAAGAUGUCCGCCGUCGAGGAGCUCGAGCGGGAGUGUCGGGCCUUCGACGCCAUGCGCAUCCACGACUCCUACCGCUACAUCCGGCAGGGAUGCGCCGCGCGCAUUCGAGCGGCGUGAAUCGCGUUUCUACCGCGAUCUACAACCUCGAGCUCCCGCGAUCCCGCCGCCGCGCCGGUCCACCUACAGCAAGGCGUUGGGCUCGAGCGCCUCGCCCCCGGUGCCACGAUUCGAGCCGGGCGACUACGCGGAGGACGAGGACAUUGCGAUGCUCGCCGCCAAGCUCGAGCACGCCGCCCCCGCGCUGAUGGCCAGGGAUUUCAUCCCCGACUCUGUCCUAAGCACAGUCACGAAGCUAGUGGAGGACUAG